AUGAAGAGAGGAGUCCGACAAGACAGUAAAAUCUCACCCAAAGUAUAUACCUCCACACUCGAGAGCGCGAUGCGAAAGCUGGAACAGGAUGACAUGGGAGUGAAAGAUUAUGGUCAACAGCUAUACCAUCUACGUUUUAAUGAUGGCAUCGAUCUGAAACAAUGUACAAAAGCUUCCUGCUUUCUAUGUCUGAGCGCUGCUGCUUGCCCAAGGAAGAGCAGCAAAUGGUGUUCUCAUAGGAUGUCGGAAACGAAAAUCGCAUCUCAGAACAAUUGUAGCACGGAGAAAGCACUUCACAACAGCUUAUCAUCAACAAAGCAGCAUUCCUCCACAUUGUUUAGUCUUUCGAUAUUACUCUCAUUGAUUGUUCCAUUCAUUACUACGUGUCUACUAUCUAAUUCUCUAGUGGAAAAAUCAAAUCUACAUACUUCAAUAGAAACUGAAUGCUACAAGACUUGUUCUAUUCGUGUUGUCGAAUCUAUACCGGAUAACAUCACAUUUCGAAAUGCUACUUUACCUCCGUCGACUUUCUAUGCAUGGAAUCGUCUUAUUGAUUUUGCUGAAAAGGAUCUCUAUAUAGCUGCAUACAAAUCAAGUUUACAAGGAAAACACGUUCUUGGACAUCGUUCCGAUCUUUCCGUUCAGGGUGAUUUCGUGUAUGAUUCGUUGUUACAUGUUGGCACAACCGGAAGGCUCAAUAUAAAAAUGGUUGAAAAUUAUCCACCUAAGGAUAAAGGUGAUAAUGCUGAUGGAAUAAUACUACAAAAUAAGGGUGCUGUUCAUCGUCGAUCACUAAACAUCGAAAAAAUACUGGGAAGAGGAAAAAUGCAUUCAAAAUUUGUCAUUUCUGACAACAAACAUUUCUAUCUUGGAUCAGCAAAUUUGGAUUGGAGAUCUUUGAACCAGAAGAUGGAACUCGGAGUAUUAGUGGAAAAUUGUAAAUGUCUUGGCGAAGAUCUCAGGAAUAUUUUCGACGUAUACUGGGAUAUCCCUCAACAAUCAUAUCCGAGAAUAUUAGAAAAAACAGCAUAUUACAACAUGAAAAAACCAUUGCAAAUUGAUAUUGAAGGCGAACGUAGUGCGAUUUAUCUUGCGACAUCUCCAAAGGAAUUAAGUAAUCGCGAUCGUACAUGGGAUUUGGAUGCUAUUGUUACGGAAAUCGAUAACGCCAAAGAAUCGAUCGAUAUCCAUGUGAUGGACUAUUUCCCGCUUUUCAUCUAUAAGAGGCCAAAGGUACAUUUCCCAACAAUUGACGAUGCUCUUCGACGAGCAGUUCUUCGUGGAGUUCAUGUACGAAUUUUGGCUGCUGCAUUGCAUUAUCCAGAAAUUGGUGUACGAUUUCUUCGUUCACUUGCAUCUCUGAAUAAUUUGGACGAAAACACUACUAUUGAAGUGAGAAUAUUCAAAGUGCCAAGCACUGAUGUAGAUAAUAUUGUGGUCAGCCGGGAAAGGAGAACACAUAAUAAGUUUAUGGUCUCGGAAACCGCUGUUAUUAUUGGAACUUCGAACUGGUCAGGUGACUAUUUUGUUGGCGGAACGACAGGAGCAGCUGUAGUGAUCAAACAAGACGGAGAGAAAAGAGCUUUAGUGAGAGAAAUGCAGGCAAUCUUCGAAAGAGACUGGAGUAGCGAUUAUGCUCAUCCGUUAGAGGACUAUUUUCUUGGAUGUAUCGAAAGAGGAGUCCAAGCGGAUUUUUGUGAAGCUUUCUAA